AAUGUUUGCUAAUAAUCAUGUCGAACGCGUACACAAACAUUCAAAUUUCCCACGUUACGGGUUUGUGAGUUAAGAGAACGUUCACUAGGUGGCGACCCACUGGAGGUCCUCCCACAUUCUUAUACGCUUGCGCAAUCUUCAACAUUCAUGAAUAACCGCGUCUCAUUUUUUUCUUUUUAUUACGAUGACGCGACGAUGAAUUAUUUUGGUUGCCACCAAAUUAAACAAUAUACACACGAAUACACAGUGUUUGUCUUUUUUUUCCGACGUACAUCUUAAUUACCGGGAGCGAAACAAAAAGUCAACGAGUUUCAUUAUUGAGUUGAAAUUUCUCAUGGAUCGUGGAAGUAACCGGAAGAGUUCGGAGAAAAGUUUUGAUCCGGACGAAGAUUCUGAUUACGCCAUGAUCAAGAGAAUCAAAAUGGAACCCGAAGCAAUGCUGUCGCAAGACGAUGAUAUAAUGGCACAAUUACAGCAAGAAAGUUCAGAUCUUGAAGUUGAACCGAGCUUCGCUCUUGAAGGAAACACCAAUGGAGAUGACUGCAAUGAGGGUGUUUUGAUGCAACACAUGGACAUCAGAGAACCUCUUUCUACGCUCAGAAAUCUUCUAGAGCAAAGACUCGGCGUUGAACUCAUAGAUUAUUCUUUUUGGCUUCAAGAUGCUCAAAUGCUGGAAAGUCACAAAAAUCUUGUGGACCAAUGUGUUCAGGGUGAAGGUCUCGUACAAGUUAACGUCCAAAUAAAAGCAAAUCAGAGACGGAUAAACAUUGUCGAUGUUUUAAAACCUGCUGAGGAUUAUGUAGAAGUCGCAGAUAGUAGUUCUCCGGUUCCCCAGGAAGAAAACAAGCAAAACGUUAUCAGAUGGAUGGUAGAUGCUCAGUACAAACAGGAACAGGAGCGUCUGAAGAUUCCAGCUGAUCCUAAAGACUGGUCUCAAACUCACGUAAAACAUUGGCUGCAGUGGGCGGUAAGACAAUUCAAUUUAGUCUCCUUGAGGCUCGCUGAUUGGAACAUUACCGGUGCGCAACUCUGCGAUUUGACCCUCGAAGAAUUUCAAUCCAAAGUUCCGCUUGAUCCUGGUGAUGUCUUUUGGACGCAUCUCGAAUUAUUAAGAAAGUGCAAGUUUGUUGCGGUUGUCCAAAAAGAUGGUAUGAACACAUCGAUGGAGAACACACCGGUUGGCGACAAAUCGAUCAAAUCUCGAAAUCAGAAAGCACCAAAGUCUCGCACCUCGUUAAAUCAGCAUGCUCGUCUCGUUGGAAUGCCACUUACAAACAUGGAGAACACAUCGAUAACGUUAGCAGCUUCGAGUCGUACAGUUAACAGCGGACAAAUUCAGUUGUGGCAAUUUUUAUUGGAAUUAUUGACCGAUCGUGAGCACCGUGAUGCGAUAAGAUGGGUAGGAACCGAGGGUGAAUUCAAGUUGAAUCAGCCCGAAGCAGUAGCACAAUUAUGGGGAGCGCGAAAAAACAAACCGUCUAUGAACUAUGAAAAAUUGUCCCGAGCGCUCCGUUACUACUACGACGGUGAUAUGAUUUCGAAAGUGCAUGGAAAGCGUUUCGUGUACAAAUUCGUGUGUGAUCUGAAGCAAUUGCUCGGUUAUUCGGCAGGUGAACUGAGCAGAUUGGUCGAGGAGGGUAGACGAUAUUUUUGAUUGUCUUUUUCUACGAACUUUCGAAUGUUAAAUUUCACGAGUGUCUUCUAUGUUACAACAAAAAUCAAACCCAUCAAAAAUGGUGAAAAAAAAAUCUUCUCCUCUCGAGAACAAUAAUCGUAUAAUUUAUUUAUAUUCUCUUAUGAUUUUUCACAUCGAGACUGUUCCGGUGAUUCCCGAAGCUCAUACAAAUUAACACGCUUUCGAGAUUUUUCGGUUCCGAAACGAAAUACAAUAAUCUUAUUUGCUAGAGCGAAAAAAAAUGGAGCGCUACGCAUAUUAUUUUAGUUAUUAUUAUUAUCAUUACAUAUAGUUUGCUGUAGAUAAACUACAAACGAUUAAGUACAAGUUUAUAAUCGAUGAAAGGUUGAAAGAUAAAUUUACUAUCGUGUUAAAGCGUAUACAACAAAAUUGUAUACGAUCUGUACAUUUGAAUUCUGUACUUUUAUAUUAUCGAGAACGAAAUACACAAUAAUUAAUAUGCGAA